AUGACGAUUCCAAAAAUCUUUACCCUAGACGACAUCAACAAAGUCAUAUCCACUCCAGAAUUUGAACUCAAGCUAAUCGAUGCCAUGCAAACUGGAUUUGUGAGCCUUGAAAAUGGGGACUUCUUUGCCUGCCCCAUCCAGACCAUGGGUCUGCCGCCAUUCCCCUUUGUCGAAAUUGAUGGAUACGCCAGUCAAACUUGUGUCAAGUCGGGUUAUUUCAAAGGUGGAAAAUACUAUGUCAUAAAAGUUGCUAGUGGUGGGUUCCCUCAGGAAAAUUCAGGUCUAAUGCAAGUUUUCUCUCAACAAACUGGGAAAUUGGAAGCUCUGUUGUUGGACAAUGGUAUCUUGACGGAAGUAAGAACUGCAGCCGUCGGUGCACUAUCAACUAAGCUCCUGGCACCAAGGGAAAUUACUUGUAUUGGUAUAAUUGGCACUGGUAUACAGGCGCGAUUCCAGCUCGGAAUGUUGGCCUCCGUUACUUCGUGCCGAAAAGUACGAGUCUGGGGGAGGUCCGAGGACAAGGCGAAGGUCUUCCAACAAGAGAUGAGGGCAAAAGGCUGGGAAGUGGCAGUGGUGAAAAAGGCAGAUGAGCUGUUUGAUGAAUGUAAUCUCAUUGUUACUACCACUUGCGCGAGGGAACCUGUACUUGGAGAGGCUGCCCUUGACAAAUUGAAGGAUCGCAAAUAUGGUUUGCACAUCACCUGCAUUGGGGCCGAUGCCCCGGGAAAAAUAGAGCUCGAUCCAAAUCUUGUGGCACAAGCUGAUCUGUUGGUAGCAGACACUGUCUCUCAAAGCGUGGAGCGAGGAGAGUACGAACAAGCUGUAAAGGACGGUCUUGUUCAGGAAUCAAAGAUCGUGCCACUGGGAAAGUUCAUCGGAUCGCCUGAAGAGCAUCGGAAACAGGAUGACGUUCGAUUGACAAUUUUCGAUUCUUCCGGUGUUGCUCUGCAAGAUUGCAUUGUGGCUCAAAUGACGUACGAUGCUCUGAAAGACUUGAAGUAUAUGGUCAACUAG